CUCCGUCAGAACGUUUUCUCAGUGGGCAGACAAGCUGGGGAUUGCCAAAAUCAUAACUGGGGAAAAAGUGGAGGGCUGUUGUUCUUUGAAGAUUAUUUUUAUUGCAGCAAGAAAGGCAGUCCAGGAAAGUUCUCCAUGAAUGUACGUCACAAUGAUGAUGACAGACCAGAUACCACUGGACCUGCCUCCGCCCUUACUGAACGGAGAGGUUCCCAUGAUGCCGCACAUGGUUAACGGGGAUGGAUCGCAACAGGUCAUCCUGGUUCAAGUCAACCCGGGAGAAACGUUUACCAUACGGGCAGAAGAUGGAUCUCUGCAGUGCAUUCAAGGCCCCGCCGAGGUCCCGAUGAUGUCACCCAACGGCUCCAUUCCGCCGAUCCACGUGCCCCCGGGGUACAUCUCCCAGGUUUUGGAGGACAACACUGGGGUCCGGAGAGUCGUGGUUACCCCUCAGUCUCCAGAAUGUUACCCUCCCAGCUACUCCCCGGCCAUCUCCCCCACUCACCACUUGCCCCCAUACCUGACCCACCCCCACUUCAUCCCCAACUCUCACACCGCCUUCUAUCCGCCAGUCAGCCCAGGCGACAUGUCCCCCCAUCAGUACUACCAGCAUCACCUUCCUCCUAUGUACAGCGAAGAAAUCAUCCCGGUGUACGGGAUGUCCAGCUACAUCGGGCGGGAGGAGCAGUACAGCAAGCCGCAGCCCAAGAAGAUCAAGGAGAGGCAGCUGGACAGGCAGAACCGGCUCAACAGCCCGCCCUCCUCCGUUUACAAGAGCGGCGGCGGCGGCGGCGGCGGCGGCUGCACCGCCACGCACAACGGCUACGGCAAGAGCCACGGCGGCGUCGGGGGCGGGGGAGGGGGCGGCGGCGGCGGCAGCCCCGGCAUCAAGAAGACGGACAGGCGGGCGCGAAGCAGCCCCAGAGCCAGCGAGCCAGACCUGCAAGACCAUGACACGGAGGCAAAAAGAGUUCAAGAUGUGCUUUCAGGAAUCGACAAACCACAGGUUUCCAACAUCCAAGCCCGGACGGCCGUGCUGAGCUGGACCCCUCCGGCCGGUCUCCUGAGCAGGGACAGGCACAACAGCGACCUGCCCUACUCCUGCAGCUACGAGGUCACGCUCUCGGACAAGGGACGCGACGGGAAGUACCGCGUGGUCUACAGUGGAGAGGAAUUGGAGUGUAAUUUGAAAGAUCUAAGACCCGCAACAGACUAUCAUGUAAGGGUGAAUGCCCUGUGCAAUUCGGUGAAGGGGCCCUGCUCAGAGGCGGGGACCUUCACCACCCACAGCAGCGCUCCUGACUGCCCCUUCCCCCCGAAACUGUCCCACCGGACGAAGAGCACCCUCACUCUGCAGUGGAAGUUUCAGCCGCCGGUAGACAAUGGCUCAAAAAUCACCAGCUACCUGUUAGAGUGGGAUGAGGGGAAAAAGAACAAUGUUUUCAGAGAAUGCUAUUUUGGGAGCCAAAGGCACUGUAAACUCACGAGACUGUGUCCAGCCAUGGGGUACACAUUUCGGUUAGCGGCGAGGAAUGACAUCGGCACUAGCGGCUUCAGCGCAGAAGUGGUCUUCUACACGACUGGAAACCUCCCCCAGCUCCCCCUGGCGCCGCGGCUGGUGCGCGCCGGAAUCACCUGGAUCACACUGGAGUGGAGCAGACCCGACGGCUGCACGGCCGAGGAGGUCAUCACCUACACCCUGGAGAUCCAGGAGGAGAACAAUGGAACUGAGUUUAAUCCAAAGUACACUGGAGAAAACUUGACUUGUACUGUGGGGGGACUGAAGAGGAGCACGCAGUAUAAAUUCAGGCUCAUAGCUUCCAGCAUGGAAGGAAGGAGCAGCCCCAGUGAAAUCCUGGUUUGUAACACAAGUCCAGACAAGCCGGGACCACCCUCCAAACCGUGCGUCAAGGGCGCCGUGACGCCCCACAGCUUCUGCGUGAAAUGGGACCCUCCUCAAGACAAUGGCGGCUCAGAAAUUUUGACAUACCUCUUGGAGAUUUCAGAAGGAAAUUCUGACGCCAAUCAGUGGGAUGUUGCAUAUAGUGGACCGGCCACGGAGUGUGAAUGUGAUCACUUGAAACCUGGCACUUUGUACAGACUGCGGAUCUGCUGCAUUAGCACCGGCGGACACAGUCAGUGUUCUGAAAGCCUGCCGGUCCGUACGCUAAGUGUGGCCCCAGGGCCCUGCCAGCCCCCGAGAAUUGUGGGUAAAGCCAAACACAAGGAAGUACAACUACAGUGGGACUGCCCCUCCUCUGAAGGCUCGUGCGAGGUGACGGAGUACAGCGUGGAGAUGAGCCAGGCGGACGCCGAGCCCGCCGAGGUCUACCACGGACCCAGCCUGGAGUGCACCGUGGGCAGCCUGCUCCCUGGCGCCACCUACAGCUUCCGCGUGCGCGCCGCCAACGACGCCGGGUAUGGAGAUUACUCUGAAGCCACAGAGGUGACGACUGCAGCUGGUCCUCCAGGCCAGUGUGGGGCGCCCUCUUUGACACUCACAUCAAGUACCUGUGUUCUCGUGAGCUGGGAGAGCCCAGAGAACUCUGGUGCUGACAUCUCAGAGUACCGCCUGGAGUGGAGCCGAGACGAGGAAUCCCUGGAGCUCAUCUACUCCGGUACCGACACCCAGUGUGAGAUCUCUGACCUUGCAGCCGCCACGCGCUACUGCUGCCGUCUGCAGGCUGCCAAUCAGGCGGGAGCGGGGCCCUACAGCGAACUGGUGAGCUGCCAGACCCCCGCCACCACGCCCGACGCGGUGUCCACCUUUUACCUGGCGGACUGCGACCACGCGGAUGGCCGCCCGUUCUCGCCGUCCACGUGCCUUGCCCUGAAGUGGGAGGAGCCCUGCGACAACGGGGCUGAGGUCACCGCCUACAACAUCGUGAUGGGGGAGAGCCUGAUCGCCGUGGACCGCGCGACCUGCUACGUGAUCGAGGGCCUGCAGCCGGACAGCGAGUACACCCUGCGAAUCCAGGCCGUGAACGAGAUUGGGGCCGGCCCCUUCUGCCCGCCCCUGCAGGUGCGGACCCUCCCCCUGCCUCCGGCCCCGCCUCGCCUGGAGUGCUCAGCGGCUGGGCCUCAGAGCCUGAAGCUGAAGUGGGGGGACGCCAACGGCAACGCCAAAGUCCUGCUGAGCGACGACCUAUCCUACGCCCUGCAGAUGGAGGACAAGAACCAGAGGUUUGUGACCAUCUACCGCGGACCAAGCCACACCUACAAGGUACAGAGACUGACGGAGUCCAGCAGCUACAGCUUCAGGAUACAGGCCCUGAGCGAGGCGGGAGAGGGGCCAUUUUCUGACGUCUACACCUUCACCACCACCAAAUCUGUACCGCCCGCCCUCAAAGCCCCCAGGGUCGCGCAGCUGGACGGUAACGUGUGCGAGGUGACGUGGGAGGCCGUUUCACCAAUGAGGGGAGACCCGGUCUGCUACAUCCUCCAGAUUCUGGUUGGGCGGGAGUCUGAGUACAAGCAGGUGUUUAAGGGAGAGGAGACCACAUUCCAGAUCUCGGGGCUUCAGAACAACAUGGACUACCGCUUCCGCGUGUGCGCGUGCCGCCGGUGCGCGGACACAGCCCAGGAGCUGUGCGGGCCCCUCAGCCCCUCCUCCCUCUUCACCCUGCGACGCACUGAGCUGGCGCUGCCCGGAGAGCCAGGCGCCGCCAACGCCGACGCGGCCCUGGGCAUGAUGGCCUCCGACGAACAGUUCGCCGCCCUAAUAGUCCUGGGGUUCGCCACCCUCUCCAUCCUCAUGGCCUUCAUCUUACAGUACUUCUUCAUGAAGUGAGAGAACGCAACACGAAAACAGAGGGCAAGGGAAAAAAAGAGAGAACAAGAUGAAAAACAAACUUGAGAUAUAUUUUUUAAAUAACUGCUACGCAUUGUAGUUCCAGUGUGUAUUCAGGCUUUUCUCUUCCUGGUCUUUUUCUCUCCGUUCCUCCCCUUCAUUGCCGUCUCCCUCUCUCUGUUGUGCCGUAUGGAUUUACCUUGAGAGGAGCCUUACGCCUUUGCCACAGCUUGCUUGGGAAAGAAAAUUCUGAUUAACAAGCCUUAAAAGGAGUCGUGGGCAAAACCAGUUUCUACAGGCUGAUUUGCAUGUUUUUUGUAUCGUUUUAAAUGUAUAUGACUAAAAAAAAAUGUAUUUUUUCUUUACAUUGAUGGCCUUACUUUGUUUUAUCUGAAUUUACUUCGGCAUAAUUUUUUUCAUUCAUUUUUUUCUUUACAGCCAUAUUCUCUGUAGAACAUCAUAGCUUUAACCCUUAAGCUUUUAACUUGCAACAUCUAAUGUCUUUCGAGGUCAAGUAAUUUGCAGUGUUUUGUCAGUUCUUCCGGAUUUCAGUGUGCUAGAUAGCUGUCUUUGUGCUCAGAAGAAACCAAUGUGGAAUCAUCACCAUUUCAUCAGUAGGGCGAGUCAAAGCCACCAGCAUUAAGCUGCCAAAGCAAAUUGCAAUCCAAGUGUGGUUUAAGUGAAUGCUGCUAUCCUGUUUUUUUUUUAAAGAAUGAAACCAGUAACCUAAUAUAUACACAUAUAUAUCAAAAUAUAUAAAUUCUAUAGAGGUAAUGUAAUAUAAAAUGACAUUGGGUUUGAAGUCUCAAAUUAAGUGAGCAUGAGUCAGCGUGCGUACAAUGGUGCUUCUAAGAUUGAAAUUCCGUGGUCAGUACCGUAGCUCGGCGGGCUCGGGCCGUGAAGCCGACCUUGUGUCCGGGGCAGGAAAAAAACACUGCCGUCCGCCAUUCCGCCGCGGCCCGCGAAAGUCCGCGUCGGGCGGGGCGCCAGGACGCUUCGCCGGCGCGCGGACGCCCUGGCGCCUGACCCACGGACCCGCUGACCGGGCCCGCCUGCCCGUCGUUCAUUCCGCCUUUCGUUUUUUUUUUUUUUCCCGGUUUUCUCUAACGCUGCCGCCCACCGUCUGUAGCCGUCGCCUCCGCUGAUAUUCGUCCUUUAAUCUUUCGCUUUUUUUAUCGGCCCCGGGACAAUACUGUGCCUGCGCUCGUCCUGGUUAGUGACCCCGUGCAUGUAGGGGGGUCGAGCGAGGGGGGGGAGACUUCUGUGAUCGAAGCCAGUGCUGUGCUGUGAAAUAGUAGUGUAUACUGCUUAAUCACUCUGUGAAUUAAUACCUGAGUCAUCAGGCCAUCUCUCUCUCUCUCUCUCUCUCUCUCUCUCUCUCUCUCUCUCUCUCUCUGUCUCUCGAUCUUUCUUACUGCCUCUCUCCUUUUCUAUCAUUUUUUUUCUCUUCUCUUCUCUUCUCUUCAUUCACUCCUCUCAGUUUCUCAAAAAUCAGUCAUGCUCUCUCUUCCUCUAUUCUGUCUUUCUCCAUAGUCCUAAUUGAAGAAAAACGGUGCUUUAUUGGAAUGACAAACAAAGAAUUGCCGAAGCUGAGGCAGUUCUUCCCUUUUUUUUCACCUCCUUUGACACUAACGGUGAAGCAUAAGAAUGUGUCCAUGUCAAACAUCAUGGGAAAGUUACCCAUAAUCCUUUUAGCCACGUCAUGGUACAAACCAGCAGAUCUUAUUAAUCCAAAGAGUUUCUUGAAAUGUUACACUUUCAGAUCCUUUUGAAGUUUUUACUGGUGGCGGGGGUUGGGGGGCUCGGUGACUGGCAGCAAGCCCCUCCCAUUCUCUGACUGACAAGCCUGUAUUGUGCCUCAGGGAACACGGACUUUCAGGAGGUGAAGAAAUGAAUGCUACAUUUCCAAGAGGGUGCUGCAAACACUACGUUUUAGAUUGUGAUUUUGCCCAAGCUGUCAUCGUUGCCUUUUUUUUCCUUUCUUUUUUUUGUGGCCUCCUUUCCCUCAUUCGCCUUAUUCAAUGUUUUUUUUUUUUUCAUUGCCUAAGCUGUGCCUUGCUCUGCAGUGUCCAUAAGCAAAAUCGUUUACUAGCUCAAAAAUACCUUUUGCCAAAGUUAAUGGGAAAGUAAGGUAUAAUUUUUUAGGUUUAUUUAUACUAUAUAUUGCAUACAGUACUUUAAAUGCCAAUUACAGUGCAAUCUUCAUUUAUUUAUUUUUUAAAAAUUAAGAGACAAGUGUAGUUAUGUACUAAUUUUUCCCUUGUAGCAUGUUAUUUUUUUCUGUUUUUGUAUUGAUGUAUUUUAGAUUUAUAAAUACAGGCCAGCAUUCCUAAUAUCCGUAACCCUUUAAGUAUUUUUUUUUUUCAGUAAUUGGAAACAUUGUAGCACGUACAGUACAAUGCCAAUAUCAGUUAAGUUUUACAUAUAUCAAAAAGCCUGUUCAUCUCCUUUCAAAGCAAGUGCUGAACUUACAGCCUAUUUAAUUUGUCUUUAGAGAUGUGGCAAAUGUUUAGCCAGGUUAUGGUUUCUUUAAUGGGUUAUAAUUAGCUAUAUUUGGCAUUGCUAAAUAGUGUUAUAAAGCUUGUAAUAUCGUAUUGUUUGCCAAAGCUAAGGCUUGCCCACUCUAUUUUACUCUGUUUAUUUGAAGGGUUUACGCAAACAAAUCCUUUGUGAAAAUUGACCAGUAGCCUACUAUCUUGAAACGGAAAAUUUUAAACUGUUUGGCAAGAAUACUUUUUUCUUGUAAAACGAAAUGUGCCAUUUAAUUGUAUAACCCUUUUGAAAUGAACUUUUUAAAAAACUAUUUCAUUCUUAAACGUGAGAAAAACAAUCAAAUUAUGUUUUGCGACAAAUGAUUUUUUUUCAGAUACAGUAUGUCAUAGCGCAAUAGUGAACAUAUCCAGUAUUUUGAUAAUGACAUAUAUAUAUAGAUAGCUAUAUAGUAUGAUGGUAAUAAAAAAAAAUACAACUAACUGAAAUGAAGCACUUUUUAAAGCAAAACAUUAGUCUUUAUAAGAAAUAUAUCAUUGAACUGUAAUGCUUGAUUAAGCAACUUCAUUGGUUAUUGAACAGAGAAUUGUCAUUGCUGUUUCAAAAUUUUCUCAAAAGCAACAAGGAGUCUGUUCAGUGGUCCUUGGCAACCAUGAUCACAUUUGGCACAAAGAUAUCUUCAAAUGUGUGUAUGUUGUGUCUCUAGUGAAUAUUUAUUCUUUCAAAGACCCUGGCGCCCACAUUUCUAAUGUCAAGGAGGUCUGAGGCGAUGUUCAACUGAAUAGACUCCACAUUUAAUUAAAUUUAAUGCCUCCAAGUUGCGUCAGAACAUAUUCCGAGAAGAGCUAACCAUUCGUCUGACUGAACUUUGAAGGUUUAAAAAGAUAUUCCUUUUUUCUUCGUCGUCGUCGUUUUUAACCGCGAGUGUGGGAAAACAGUAGUUUGGCAAUUAAUCAGCACUGCUCCAGAAGUAAUCCCAGGUAACUGUGUAGAGACACAAAAUGUUUUCAAUCAUUUAAACCUGAAAUAAAAGCAUAUUUUACCUCACAGUUAGGAAAAACAAACAUUCCAAGCUUUCCAUGAUUUUCCAAUUUAAAAUCAUUCAUUUCUUCUUGUAUUGUAAAUUUUAGACGAUUUCAUAUGCAUAUAUAAAAGAAACUGCCAUAUCAAUUUUAAUGUAUAGAUUUUGCAAAUACUACCCUAUGUAUGUAAGACUAAACUGUAUCUGUAGCGUAUAUGUAAUAUAUUUAUGCCCAAUAAAUGUUUAAUUUUUUUCUGAUA